AUGUCUGCUUCACUCGAGAACAAAGUCGUCAUCAUCACUGGUGGUGUUCUUGGUACCGCCACUGCACGACUUCUCGCCUCCAACGGCGCCAAGAUUGCCUUCAUCUAUCACUCCAACGCCGCUGCAGCCGACAAAGCACUCGCUACGUUUCCCGGUCAAGGACACAAGUCGUACGGCGCAGACCUGCGAACCGAGGCAGCCAUCGAGAAGGUCUUCAAAGCCGUCAAGGCCGACUUUGGAAAGAUCGACAUUGCCAUCAACAAUGUCGGCAAGGUUCUCAAGCGCCCCAUUAUCGACCUCACCGAGAGCGACUUUGACACCAUGUUCGACCUCAAUGCAAAGGCCGCCUUCUUCUUUAUCAAACACGCUGCGAUCAACCUCGAAAACGGUGGCAAGAUCGUCUCGACCGUGACGUCGCUCUUGGCCGCCUUCACCGGCAAUUAUGCACUGUACGCCGGUGCCAAGGCGCCCGUGGAACACUUUACUCGCGCUGCCGCCAAGGAGCUCCAGCCUCGUCGCAUCAGCGUCAACGCUAUUGCUCCUGGUCCGAUGGACACACCCUUCUUUUACCCUCAGGAGGAAGAUGCAGCCGUUGCUUUCCACAAGUCUCAGGCGCUUGAAGGCCGACUCACCGAUGUAGAGGACAUUGCUCCCAUAAUCAAACACCUCGUCUCUGACGGCAACUGGAUCACCGGCCAGACCAUCUUCGCCAACGGUGGAUACACUACCCGCUGA